AUGGCUCCCAGAAGACCCAUCUUCAUACAGGAAGAUUUCCUUACAGGAGGACAAGGCUGUCUUCCACCUCAGUCUGCAGAUUCACAAGUGAUUCAUUUGAGGAACAUGAACGAAGUCAGCGUGUUUACCCUGACCGGUUUCACAGAUGAUUUUGACCUGCAAGUCUUCCUGUUUUCCCUAUUCCUGGCAGUCUAUCUUUUCACUCUGGCAGGAAAUUUGGGUCUGGUAACAUUGGUCAUCAGUGAUAUCUGUCUCCACAAACCCAUGUACUAUUUUCUCAGUGUAUUAUCAUUCUUGGAUGCCUGCUACUCCACAGUUGUCACCCCCAAAAUGUUGGUCAAUUUUCUGACCAAGGAUAAAACCAUUUUAUUUCUUGGAUGUGCAACACAGAUGCUUCUCUUUGUUGCUUUGGGGAGCACAGAGUGCUUUCUCUUGGCAGCAAUGGCUUAUGACUGCUACGUGGCCAUCUACCACCCACUGCUAUAUUCAGUAAGGAUGUCACCCAAAGUCUAUGUGCCACUCAUCACUGCUUCCUAUGCUGCUGGCAUUGUACAUGCCAUGGUACAUACUGUGGCCACGUUUAGCCUGUCCUUCUGUGGAUCCAAAGAAAUUAGGCACGUGUUCUGUGAUAUUCCUCCUCUCCUCACUAUCUCCUGUUCUGAUACUCACACAAACCAGCUUCUACUCUUCUACUUUGUGGGUGCCAUUGAGGUGGUCACUAUCCUGAUUGUCCUCAUCUCCUGUGGCUUCAUCCUGUUGGCCAUUCUGAGGAUACAUUGUGCUGAAGGGUGGAGGAGAGUGUUCUCCAUAUGUGGCUCUCAUCUAGGCGGAGUGUCCAUUUAUCAUGGGACAAUCCUCUUCACAUAUGUGAGACCGAGUUCCAGCUAUCCCUCAGAGCGUGAUAUGGUGGUGUCCACAUUCUGCACCAUUGUCAUUCCCAUGUUGAACCCCAUCAUCUAUAGUUUGAGGAAUAAAGAGGUAAAAGAGGCAAUGCAAAAACUCUUGAAAGAAAUUGGUUUCUAA